AUGGCGACAUCAGAAACAGACUCACAUUGGAGUGUUGAGAUCGUUAAUGAAAAUGAUCUAGUUGAUUUAUUACCUUUACUACGAGCUUAUUGUGAAUUUUAUAAUCAAACUGAACAAAUUCCUUUAAUUAGUGACGAUGCUCUUAUGUCUAUAUCUCGGGCACUUAUAGCUAAUCCAACUCAAGAAGGUAUUCAACUUAUUGUUCGUGAUUUCAAAGAACGAACACCAGUUGGUUUUGCAACUAUAUAUUGGUGUUGGUCUACACUUCAAGGAGGUCGUCGUGCAAUUAUGAAUGACCUUUAUGUGUACGAACAAUAUCGUGGUCAAGGAGUUGCUGACAUUCUUAUUACUGAAUGUGCACGACGAGCACGUGAACAUGGUGAUGUAUGUCUAGCAUGGGAAACUUCAAUAGAUAAUAAACGUGCUCAAACCGUCUAUGAUAGAAGUGGAGCAUUGAAAAAUAAUCGAUGGUUAUAUUAUACACUUUCUUUAUGA